AUGCGCUCUACAAUCGUCACCACAGUGCUUGUCGGAGCAGGCGUAGUAUCAGCAAAAGGCCUCCUAGAUCUCCCACUCGACAUAGCGAAUCUACUCACUUCGCUCUCCCCGGCACCAGCAAGCGACCCCCGAUGGACAAACUGGCAUCCCGCUUCCAGCGGUGAUGUACGCUCCCCCUGCCCCGGUCUAAACGCCCUAGCAAACCACGACUUCAUCCACCGCAACGGGCGCAACAUGACCAUCCCGCACCUAAUCGCCGGUCUCGCCGCGGGCCUAAACAUGGGCGCAGACUUUACCACCGCCAUAGGAGCCGCGGGUCUACUCUCCUCUCCCAACCCGCUAGGCGGCUCCUUCGACCUCGACGACCUGUCUAUGCACAACUUCCCCAUCGAGCACGACGCCAGCAUGUCCCGCCAAGACGCGUACUUCGCUAACCCGCAGCCCUUUCACAACCCCACGUGGCAGCAAUACAUAUCCUUCUUCAAUGGGAAAGAGCGUACGGAUAUCCCGACGGCGAGUAAGGCGAAGUACGCAAGGACAUUGGAUAGUCAGAAGAGGAACCCGGAGUUUGUGUAUGGAGCGAGAGAGGCGGUGCUGAGCUAUGGCGAGAAUGCGCUGUAUCUGAGUACUAUGGGCGACCCGGUUACGGGUAAGGCCAAACUUGAGUAUGUGAGGAGUUUGUUCGAGAUGGAGAAGUUGCCGUAUGAGCUGGGGUGGAGGCCGAGUGUGCUGCCGACGACAUUGCCCAGUUUGGGGUUGAUGAUUGUGCAGUUGCAGUCGAGUUCGCCGGAGCCGUUACUGGAGGGGGUUAAGAUUGUGGCGUAA